UACAUGUUAGUUUUGUAAAGUUAAUGUAAUUUUAGAACGUGUGGAAAAUGAAACAAUCUUCUGUAACAUAAGGUGCUGGUGAAAGUGCAGUGAUCGGUCAGUGUUUGCACAUUUGAUGUUCUUUGAUGUGCUUUGGCCCCAACUACACUUAAACCACCAACAAUCAUAACGGUCAUUCCUAGCUGCGCUGCAAGUCGCCAGGCCAAGGCCGCUCAGCGGUUGAAGCCCUCAAUAAGUAAGUGUAAGCGAAAACAGGCCGGUUCUUAAUUUUCGUUCAGCCUACGGAUGGGUUCGGAACAUUCGGCGCAACUGCAGCAGCAGGCGGGUGUAGCUGACGGUGCCGGCGGAGCACUCCGGGCCGGGAGUCUUCAUCGGCAUUCGACAACGGCAACGGCCGCGUCAGGACGCGCUACCAUUGGCGGCAAUGCAUCCGGCGGCAAACUGCAGCGUGGCAAUACGAUUGCCGUGACGGGAGGGGGUGGUAUCGGGUCGGCGAGCGCUGGUAGCGUUGGAGGCGCCGGAGGCAUUCCGGACGAUGGAUACUCAACCUCGUCCGCGACACCCUCGUCGGCGUACAUCUGUGAUUCGCGCCCGGUCUCGCCACCGAUGAGCGUCUGCUCCGACUCCGACCUGCCAUACAUAUCAUACACCGACAAACCGAUCGGCGAUUCGCCCAAGCUGCGUAACAAGCAACAGGCAAAACAGGUGAAAUCGCGGCCCAACAGUGCCAUCAUCAUGAACCGCUCAUCGCAGCAGCAGCAACAGUAUCAGCACCACUAUCAGCAUCAGCAGCAUUCCCAGCCAUUCGAAAGUGGCCGCGGUGGUAGUGCGCCCAGCGGCCGCGGCAGACCGAUAUCGGCUGCGGGUGCGCACAGUAUUGUGGUGGUGAAAUCGGGCGCCGUCAAGGACGUCGGCAUCGAGAAGGACGACGAUAUCGUGCGGUUGCAGAGUGUCCCGAUGUUUCUUCCGGUGAUGCGCGGUACACUGACGCUGCCGGCCAACCGCGACCCGGACGUGCUGGAACGGCUGCAGCCCACGCACCUCAUCAACAUGUGCAGCCGGUUGCAGUCGCACUUCAACACCUGCGCCAUGCACGUCUCAUCCGAGCAGCAGCAGAUCACCAACAAAAUCAAAGAGGUGGACCAGGAAAUCUCUAGCGCGCUGGCGCAGCUGGUGCAGAAGCAGAAGCUGUACACCUCGUACGCGGAAACGUUCUCCAAGGUGCGGCAGAUUUCGCAACAGCUGACGCGCUGCAACGACAUACUCAACCAGAACAUCGAGAGUAUGGAGUAUCUGAACAAUUUGCUUAGCGUCGACGAUCGCCUGGAGCCGUUCGUGUGGAAAACCGAGUAGGGACAGUGUGUGCUACGAGUUUCAGUCCCGUUGUUGUUCGGAUGAAGGAGGACGAGCAGUAAGGAUGACACGACGGGCGCUGGGAGGUUGUUGAUGCACCCGUUAAUGAUGCGGCUGCGGUUUGUGAUGGAGCAAGAGGACCGCCUUUCCAAAACAAGCGAUGUGCCAUCGCUCGCUCUUCCCGGAGGAUAUGUUCGUCAGUCUUAGCAAUAUUUUGCCCUAUGCGCAAAUGACGGGGUUGGCAGUGUUGUCAUGCACAAGAUUACAGAUGAUUGUUCCACUCUGUGAUUUACCAACUAAAGUAUGGAGGUUGCACUUCGCUAAAGGCUAAUGCAACGGUGUCGCUGCGGUCAUUGCAAAGUGUGUGGAGUUAUGACGCCUUUGAUCGAGAAAUCGCAGUACUGUUGUGACUGGCUGCCCGUAGUCCGAUGGUACGAAUUUAUUUAUUUAACAUUUUUGGGAGUUUGCCAUACUUUUAUUUUCACCUGCGGUGGUUCACCCCGUCGCUCAUCCGUCGCAUACGCUUGCACGCGCGGGAAAUACUAAAACAAGUUUCGCAACCGAAGUGAAGCAAUAGUCGCUGCAAUAACUGUACUGUCUCCAAAGUCCACAAUGUAUUAGGAUAAGAGCUAUCGGUGCUUCUCCCACUGGCUGUUAGUCAUUGCGUUUAAAUGUUGGUUGUGUUUUAAAUUGCAGAUGCAGAUAUUUCGACUUUAAGAAUCAAGAAUGAAGACAUCCUACCCAGGAUCGAUAGAAAUAGGGGUAAGCUAAAAGGGAGGGCCAAGUAUUGUACACAAAAGAAAACCCAUUGUUUUGCUAUCGACAUAGAAAGUGCUCUUGGAACGGACAAAUAAUGGUCCGAUCCGAAAGGCCAACAGCAACGUGCUAUUAUUAUCAAGAGUAAGAUACCAACUUUCUUUCUUUGUAUAAAAAUAAAGGUUCAUAAAGUUCAGCUUAAAGCAAA